CCAAACGAAAAAAAAAAAAAACCAUCCUCUGCUACAUUUUUUUUUCACAUCUUAGUUCCCUUACUAUCUCCGGGGAAUUGAGUGGCGGAUUCUUCUUGAAUCUAAGCGAAGGCCAACUCGGCUCUCAAUGGUCGGUAUUUGCAGUUUCGGAGUAGUUUCUUCCUCAUUUUAGAAUGGCAAAAGUGAUGGCAGAUGAUGCUAGAUCUACUCGCAGAGAAAAGAAUUACGAAACUGAUAGUUCUAGAGGGAAGCAAAAUAGUUGCAAACUGGAACCUAGUUCAGUUGCUGCAAUUGUAGAUACAUCUGGUCUAAGAAGGUCACCCAGGGGAACACCAUCAAAGAAAAAUGCAACUCCUAGUCCUUCCAGUACACGCAAGUCUAAGCGUCUGGAGAAGCAAACUCCGACAACUACUCUAAUUAAGAGGAAGUAUGAGGGAGUUGAGAACGCAAACAUAUCGAGUCCUUUGAGGAGGUCUGAGCGGGGUAGGAACCACUCUUUGGGCAUUUAUUCUGGAUCAGGAAAGAUAGGUAAAAGCUCAGCCUUCUCUGAUGUGAAACAAAGAAAUGGGAAGAAAGAGAAUACAGUUGAGGAGUUGACAUUACAAACUAUAGAAGUUGACAAAAAUGGGAAAAAUGGUAUGAAAAAUGCUCAGGUGGCCAAAAAGAGAAUGGAUGCUCACACAUAUAGGGCUAUGUUCAAGCGGCUACCAAAAAAAGUUGAUGCUUCAGAUCAUGUACAGGUCACUAGUAAUAAUGAUAAGUCUGCCGAGGGAUAUAACCGCAAUUGCAGGGGUGGGCUGUCUGAGAAAGGUGAUGGUGAUGAUGAGUGCAGCCAAAGCGGUGGUGAGGAAUUAGGAAAAGAUCAUGCCAGCAAAGCUUUGGAAGAAUCCAAUUAUGUUAAGGAAAUAUCAGAAAGUAAUGUUGAAGUUGAAAGAUCUGAUUCAAAUCAGCAGCAUGAAUCUGAUGGGGAAGCUCUUACUGUUGGGGAUGGUUUAAAAGAUUCGGACACUGAGUGUGUGUUGCUUUCAUCCGAUCAUGCUGUCACGGAAAGGAGUGAUGGUGCUGGAAUGGCUGAGCUGGAUUGUGCAGCACCGAAAAACUUGCAACCACAAAGGAUAGUUUCUGUAAUGAAUUUGGUUACAGGUGAUGUUGCUAUUGGAUUGGAAAGGGGUAAUGAAAGAAUUUCUUUUAAAAGAAAAAUAAAUUCUGUGGAUGCGGAUCCUGAUACUGUUGCUUCGGUUGCACUUGAAGAUACGUGCACUGAGAUAGCCAUUGCCACUGCUUCAUCGCCAUCUGGGUGCAGAAGUGAUGAGAUAUGUGUCUCAUGUUCGAAGAGGCGAAGGGUUGACCUUGGUUUGGAAAAAGGAGAAAUUUGCUCUUGCAAAGUGAAGUCAUUCCCAUGGAUGUGCAAUACUUCUCUUUCUAAGGAUAGAGAGGAAUCGGAUGCUGGUGUUACAACUGUACAUCCAAAAUCUGUCAUUCUGAAAGAACAUCAUAUUUCUGCAGGUUCAUUGGGAAUUCCGGAGCAUAAUGUGUCUCAAUCAUUGCCAUUGUUAUUUGGUUGCGAGGAUAAAACAAUUUAUGCUUCCACCUCUCUUCAUUUAGCUAAUAAGCUUUCAGAAGAGGAAGAAUCUUAUUGGAUUGGGCCCAAAGAAGGUACAAAACUGCAUGAAUCGCAGAAGAGUCUCUAUCUCUCCAUGAAGCCAGAGAUAGUAAAACUUUGUGAAGUUCUGCAAUUACCGGAGGAUGUCAAGGGUAUGGUUGAAAAGUUUCUCAAGUAUUUAACGAAUAAUCAUCAUGUCGAUAAGGAACCAGUGACCAUCUUGCAGGCUUUUCAGAUAUCCUUGUGUUGGACUGCCGCAUCCUUGUUAAAGCAUAGAAUUGAUCACAAGGAAUCACUUGGACUUGCCAAACGACAUUUGAAGUUUAGCUGCAGGAAAGAAGAGGCAGAUUAUAUUUACUCGAUGUUGAGGUGUCUGAAGACAACAUUUUUAUAUCAUACAGAAAAGUGUAAGGUAGCUUGCUGUAAAGAACCUGAACUGUCAGCUAAAGAUGUUAGCCAGAAAAAUUCAAGCUCAAACUUUACUCGAUCAGCAACAUAUAAGCUGCAAGAGGGGGAAGUAGAGGUUAGGGACUUGCCACAAGGCCAAGGAUGCUCCUGUAAACAGGUUGUUAACAAGCUCAGUUUGGAGCCUGAAUUUGAGCUAGCACAGAAAGAUUUAUCAAGAAGUAUCAAAAUAAUCCGUAAAAAAUGUGAGAAGCAGAUGUCAAAGCUCCUAGAGAAGCAACAAGAAGAAAAAGAGGACUUAGACAGGAAGUACAGGGAAGAAAUUGCAAAGCUGCAGAAUAAGAAAAGAACGGAGUUGGCUGUUGUACGUUCGUAUGCAAGUAAUUCUAUAUUGACAGAUAACUUAAAGUCAUUGGAUAAUGACUAUGCACAAAAAAUUGAAGAACUUAAAUGUCAGAAGGACAUUCGUCUUAAAGAUCUUGAGGCAAUGCAGUUGACUGCAAGGAACAAGUUACAAGAGAGGGAGGUUCAUUGGGUAGAGGCACUGAAGUCGUGGGCACAAGCUGAAUUAUUGAAUGCGCGACCUUCAGAUAAAGAUCAUCCUAAGGAAGGAAAUAUUGUCGAUCUUUGCUCUGAAGAACAGAGUCCUGACGUAGUUUGGUUGACUAAGCCAGAUGGAGAGGUUCGUUCAGAAGUCCAUGAAACUGUCUGUGUAAGUGAUUGUCAGGAGGAAGUGCUCCCAGUGAAUCUCUGUACGCCUGAAAGACAGACAAUUGGGCCCAUAUCAAGCUUAGCUGGAAGUCUCUUUCCAAUUGGAGUUCCCAUGCUCUUCAACUGUGAAGACGGUAAAAGAAAUGCUGUCCUUGAGAAUGCAAGUUCAUGUGAACAAGGAAAAGGGUCUGAGACUCUUUGUUCUCCUGAUGGACCUGAUAACAUAGUGUUUGUGAGUAGACUUCCACUUGAAGGACCAUCUCCUGCUGUCCCAAUGUCAAAUGUGCCUGAUGGGCAGGUUCAGCUGCAAGUCCCUGGGAUUGCUAGUUGUAGCAAUGGCAUGGGGGCUGUUGCUUCUGGGAAUCAAUGUUCAUCCUCUGAACAAAUUUCUAACAAGGGCUCAUUGUGCGUGUCUUAUGGAAAUCCUCCAUCGGAAGUGCCUGAGAGUUCUGUUGCUGAUGUUGCAAAGGACGGUGGCGGUGACACCAGCAGAGAGAAUGGAGUGAACUCCGGGGCAUCAGAUUCUCCACAAGAAAAUAAGCUCGAUGGAGUGGGUCGUAACAUCAAUAAAAUAUUCCAUUUCUCGGAUAACAUUACUGGUCCUGACAAGCCGGACAGAGAGGUCUCAUCUACAGUGCCUGAAACUGCACCUUCUCUGUCAAUGGAAGGAUCUAGCACAACUUCAAGGAACAAAGAUCAUGCUGCCUCCUCAGAAAAUAGUAUUUGUGCAAUGAACCAGCAUAAUGGAGUUGUCUUCGCCAGCAGGGACGACGAUGGAGCAAGCCCUGUGGCAUCACAAUACACUACUGGAGUCAACCUGCUGGAUGAAGUGGUUUCUAUUGUUAAUCAAAUGCCCCACUCCUUGGAUAACAUUACUGGUUCUGACCAGCAGGGUGGAGAGGUUGCAGCUAGAGUGCCUGAGCCUGUACCUUCUCAGUUAAUGGAAAGCUAUAGCACAAGGACAAGUAAUGAUGAUUCUGUGGCCUCCGAUAGAGUCGAGCAGCAGACUGAAAGUGUUUCCACCAGCAAAGAGAAUAAUAGAGCAAACCAUGAAGCAUCAGAUUAUGGUACUGGAGUUGAUCAGCCAGAUGGGUUGGGUUGUAUCAAUAACCAAAUGUUACAUUCCUUGGAGAACAUUCCCAUUUCUGAUCCGCAGGGGGAAAAGGGUACUGCUACAGUGCAAGGGACUGCACCUGCUCAGUUUAUGGAAGGUGUUAACACGAGGAUGAGGAGCGAUGAAUUUGUGCCCUCAAAUAAUAAUACUGCUGGAGUCAACAUGGAGAAUGGAGUCGUUUUCACCACUAUCCAAGACUCUCACUCCCAGGAUCUUUCUUUCAUAAAUUCACAUGUGGUGCAGCCUGCAACUACGCUGGCUCAAAGCAGUACAAUGCCAUCUAAUCAGGUACUCCAUGAUGAAAGUUCCCCACCAGCAAUAACCACUAGACUGGCAAAUGGACAUGCAUCAGGUAGUGGAGAGCAGACUACUUUGCAGCAAGUUGAGACUCCACUGGCCGAUUCAUUUGAUUGCAAUGCACGUGUCACAGAGCCUCUAGUUCAACAGCAGUUGACAUCUUCUGUUGAUUGCCCUUUAAAUUUCAGUGUGCAAUAUUUACCUUCAACUAGAGAGAGGAGUCAUCCUUGUGGUGAACGCCAUAUCAUUAACCAGAUUUCUCAGCCACCAGGACUGCUAGAGAAUCGUGUUGAGAUUUCCAAUCAACCUGUUUUGCAAUCUGCAACAUGUUUGGCACCACAUUUACCUAUUGAUGCUCCAGUAGGUGGAUUGGGAAUGCCUGUUUCAGAUACAAGGAAUGCCUCCUUCACUUCAAGAAAUAGCAAUCGCCCUGCACAAAAUGCCGCCUCAUUUGUGCCCCAGAUGCCGCUGUCCUAUCAUGAUCCUCUCCAAAGUGAAAUGGAGAGAAUACAUAACGAGAGGGACCAAAGCAUAAUUAAACAUGACGAAACGAAGCUGCGGCUGAAGUCUGAUUGUGACAAGGAGAUUGAAGAAGUUGUAGCUCAAAUUCGUAAAAAUUAUGAGAUCAAACUUCAAGAGGUAGAGGCUGAAUUCCUCACCAAGAAGAAGGAUAUGGAUGAAAAUCUCAACAAAGUCCUCAUGAACAAGAUUUUGGCGGAGGCUUUCAGGUCUAAAUGCAUGGAUACAAGGGUGUCUACUACACGUGGAUUACGGCAAGCUGGCCUUCAUUUUGGUUUCCGGCAGACGACUGCUGACUUGGCAUCCAGCUCGCCAACUACUUCCAUUGCUCCAGUCAGUCCACAGGCUUCAGCCCCAUCCCUGCAGGCUGUUCAUAUUCUCUCAGGCGCUUCAACAAGACCACCACACAGCAUUUCCAACCCCACUCCUACAAGUAAUCUCCAAGCUGGCCUUCAUUGUGGUUUCCCGUGGACGACUGCUGACCUGGCACCCAGCCCGCCAACUACUUCCAUUGCUCCAGUCAGUCCUCGGGCUUCAGCCCCAUUCCUGCAUGCGGUUCAUCUUCUCUCAGGCACUUCAACAAGACCACCACACAUUAUCUCCAACCCCCCUCCUACACUUAAUCUCCAAGGUGGAUGUCAAAUCCGUGCUCGUGCCCCACACCUGCGACCUUAUAGACAUCCGUCAUCUCUGUCUGCAACCAAUCUUUCAUCCCUACCACGUGGGAUGCCAAGUCAGCCAGAACUUUCUAAUCCCUUUGCAGCUUCUUCCUUGCUCCCCCAACAGCCUACGAUAUGGCAGCCACCACCUACAUACCAGUCUGGUCCACAUAAUAGAGUGCACCAGCCUGAGACUGCAGGAGGGUUGCCAACUCCUCCUGAUUCUUCUCUUUCUGCGCUUGCUUUGCUUGUGGAUGUUGAGAAUCAGACCGCUGUAAAUCCAUGUCCGCCAAGUUAUCCCUCUCCCGCACUCGAAUUUUCAAACUUGGACCCGUUGCUCCUACCUGAAUUCGGCGGCCCCAUCAGUGGUACACAAGCUAACACAUCACAUUCGAGUGGCCAUCCUGACAUGGUAUGUUUAUCAGAUGAAGAUUGAUGACUGACCUGUAGAAUACGUUUAUUAGGGAGAAGUUUUGAAGUUAAUUCCAAUGUGUCUUGCAAAGUGGCAUAGCUGCAGCAUUAUAGUUUGUUGUAGCCUUUCUGAAGGAUCAUGCACCUGUGACAAGUUGAAUUGUUCUGUACAUGUAAAUCAUCUAAUGUAUUUAUUUCAAACUCGUUUAUUAUCAUUUCAGUAUUGCUAUAGAGUUGGAAUGGAGUGCCUUGUCAAGCUUGAAAUGUUCCUCCUAUAUAAUCACUGGUAAGAGCACAAUGUCGCCAACGUUGUUUCGUUCAGAAAUAUGUUCCUCCUAUAUACGUUUAUUUUUUUU